UAAUAAUAUUCCUGAUUUCUCUCUCACUCAUCUUCUUCUUCAAUCUACCUUUACCGACAAACCUGGUCAACAUGACUUAAGCAACCUCCAUUUCCAUGACAUCAUCCAACCUCAACCUCUUUCAAUGGAAUUCCCUAAUCAUUUGGACAUCAAUAUUAUUCAAGCUGAGGAAACAUUCAAAACUGAUCAACAAGGACAAUAUUGGAGUAUGAAUGAUCAAAAUGAAACUGGUGGAAUAUCAGUUGAUCAAGUCACUAAUUUGCUACCACCACCCAUUUCCCAUGUUCCAUCCAUUGAUGAUGAUGGAUAUAAUUGGAGAAAAUAUGGACAGAAACAAAUGAAAGGAAGUGAAUACCCGCGAAGCUAUUACAAAUGUGUGUUCAAAAAUUGUCCUACUAAGAAGAAAGUUGAGAAGGAUUCCGAUGGACAAAUAAUUGAGAUUGUCUACACCGGAACCCACACUCAUCCCAUGCCAAGAUCUUCGAUAUCAAAUUGCCCAACUGAUAAUUGUAUCAAACAAGAGACUUCUAGUUAUAGCUUUCGAGAAUUCUCUUCCGAGUCGAAAAAACCUAGGAUGGUUUCUGGAUCCGGAGCUGAGUUUGAGACCAAAGUAGUUAUUCAAACUACUAGCAUUAUUGAUAUUCUUGACGACGGUUAUAAGUGGAGGAAAUAUGGGCAAAAGGCGGUUAAGGGAAAUCAAAAUCCUAGGAGUUACUAUAAAUGUGUCAACAAUGGUUGCUCGGUUAGGAAACAAGUGGAACGGGCAUCUGAAGAUUUAAGGGACGUGAUCACUACAUAUGAAGGAAAACACAACCAUGAAAUACCUACGAAACAAGGUAGGGGUGGUAACCAAAGGGGGGUGUUUGGAUGGGCCGAAAAUGGAAGCAACGACGACAACAUUUCCAUGCCGAUUAGGCCUAUAGCCAUUCCAAGAAGCACAAUGAACAAUAGUUUCAAUGCCUUUCAAGAUGUCCUUCAAGAUGCAAUAACACUCAAGGAAAAGAGGACUAGUCAUGAGUUUUCUAGUUUUGGAAGCUUUAUGGGACCAUUUUCCUCCUUCUAUGGUCCUUAGAAUUAGACAAUUUAUUGGGCCAAUUAAAUGUUUUCAAAUGGACAUCAUAUUUGUAUUAAGAAAGAGUAUGUUGACUCUAAAGACUAAGUCACUAUCAUCAAGGUUUACAAGUCAAGAUGUACUAGUAAUCUUAUUAGGCUUUUCAUUUUUUUAGGUUUUAGAUCAAAUUGCUUAUAAAAAAAAGUUUUAUAGUUA